CAGAGGGAUAGAUGCGCGGGAGUCACAUCCAUCUGACUCCCAUCAAUCUGUGGGAUUUUAUUCUCUCCAAGUGAUCCAGCCUGGGUGAGCAUUGCACAGAUUCCCCUCCACUGCAGCGAAGAUGCUGCUCCACGGACUUGUCCUGUAUUUUUCAACAGCAGCUUUUGUUUUCGCGCAGCCGGACAGCUCCGGGUUAUUUUACGCGCUCCGGUCGGAGCUGUCGGAGGAUGCAAUUCUGGUGGCCAACAACGGAAUACGCGUCCCUUUCGGGAGAUCGGUCUUUAUCGACCCCAUUAACGAUCUAGUGGUUCAGACACAGCCGGGAGACCGGUGCAGCAUCACGGUGCUGGAAAACGACCCGCUCACACAGAGACCUGGGCACCUCUCUCCUAAAAAGUUUCCCUGCGAUUUCGGUCCAAGCGACGUGAUGUAUUCCCACUACGGCUCCAGGAGUCCCGCUAAGGACAGAGUGAGGCUGCAGCUCAGGUAUGAUGCCCAAACAGAAACUGUUAUCAUCCCGUUCAUGAUGGAGGUGGAAGUAGUUUUUACGCAGCUGGAGUUACUAACCAAAAACAUGCCUCUCACUGUUGAUCGUCUUAAAGGGAUGAGUAAUCCUAUUGAUAAGAAGAUCCUAGAGUUUACUUAUGACAGAGAGUCUUACAAAUGUGAGGUGGCAUCCCUAUCCGGCGCCAGCACCAUGCCCAGAUAUGGAAAACUCAUUGAUGGAGGUAAACUUGCCUCAGUGAUGGACUGUGAUGAAUUUAUGCAAGCAGAUAUUCGCUAUGAGCACACCUUUGAUCACAAAUCUCCAAACAGGGAUUAUGUUCCUAUGGUUGUGGAGCUGCAUGACAAAGAAGGGAACCUGGUGAAUCAGGAGUAUUUUCAUCUCUUGGUUCGCAUUCGAAAUGGGGAGGAGAACACUCCCCCCAAGCCCAGCUUUGUUUCCAUGAUGAUGAUGGAGGUGAGCCAGUUUGUGAUGACUGCCCUCACUCCUGACAUGCUGGCUGCUGAGGAUACGGAGUCAGACCCAGAAGAGCUAAUUUUUAAUAUCACAUCUCCCUUAUCUUAUGAGGAGGGCUAUAUAGUCAGCACAGAUGACAGAAACCUCCCAAUCAGCUCCUUCUACCAGAGAGAUCUGCAAGAUUUGAAAAUAGCUUAUGUUCCACCUUCUCUGGACUCAGACAGUGAGAGGAUUUUCCAGCUGGAACUUGAGGUCAUAGACACGGAGGGGGCCGUCUCUGACACAUUUGCUUUUAUGAUUGUUGUGAAGCCGAUGAACACCUUGGCCCCUAUUGUAACGCGUAACACGGGUCAGCUUCUCUAUGAGGGCCAGUCACGGCCUCUCAUCAGCACCCAAAACUUGGAGAUCAGCGAUGAGGACAACUUGGACUCUGUCACAGUCACAGUAGUGGACGGCCUUCGGCACGGGGACCUCAUGGUGCUGGGCUCUCAGAGGAAAUUCUUCACACCUGCUGACCUCACUACAGGAGCUGUUGUCUACCAGCAUGAUGGCAGCGACACAUACAGUGACAACAUUGUCUUUAAGAUGACAGAUGGAAAAAAUGAUGUUGAAUUUCUCUUUCCUAUUACAAUCGUCCCCACUGAUGAUGAGCCGCCAAUCAUCAACGCCAACACAGGUUUGGUGCUCUUUAAACACCAAAUAAUUCCCAUAUCUCCUCUCAUGCUCAGUGCUGCUGAUAUUGACUCUGAAGACUCCAUGAUUAAAUUUACCAUUAUCCCCCCACUUUCAACAAUUGGCAAAGUGCUCCUUCGGCAGUCGGAUGCCCCGGAGGACCCCUCCUCUUGGAAAUUUAAUGCUGAGGAUGAAAUGUAUGAGAAGGAGGUGACAGAGUGGCUUCAGAAAGACAUAACAGAGGGAAAGUUGUUUUACAGGCACACAGGUCCUCACAGCACAGAAACAAUCAUGGAUCAGUUUAUAUUUGCAGUUCAGGAUGACAAUGACCCACCUAAUUUAUCUGGAGAAAGUAUCUUUGUAAUUCGUGUUUUACCAGUUGAUGAUGUGCCCCCUGAACUGUACCCUGGCACUGCUCUACAGAUGACCGUUGAGGAAUAUGAACUCACUCAGUUCAGCAGAGAGGUCCUCCGCUACACUGAUACGGACUCAGAGGAUCGUGACCUCAAGUACACAGUCAUCCAGGCCCCAACUGAUAUGGAUGAAAAUAAUCCUGUCGUGUUUGGAUCUUUAGUGCUGACAGAACGUCCUGAUACUGAAAUGACAGAGUUUACACAAGCUCAAAUCAACCAUCAUAAGAUCUCCUAUGCACCCCCAGACUUGGAGCUGGGGAUCACGGCCCACAUUGUACAGUUCUGCUACACGGUUGAAGACACAGCAGGAAACAGCAUAGACGGGGCAUUUACCAUCUUUCUGCAGCCGGUCAACAACAACCCCCCACAGAUCACAAACACUGGCUUUACAGUGUUUGAAGGCGGGAUGCACAUCAUCACUGUUGCAGAGCUAGAUGCUCAAGACCUCGACACAGAAAGUGAAAAGAUAACCUUUGCUUUAAGCCGAGCACCUAAACAUGGCAAAAUUCAGGCUGUGUUCACUGACCUGGAGAAAAACAGGGUUUUCAAACUGGAUGAUAUCUCAGAGGGGAAGAUAUCAUAUAUUCACAGCGGGGAGGAGACGAUGAGCGAUGAUUUUCAGCUGGAUGUCAGUGAUGGGAUACAUGUUGUAACUGUGAUGGUCAAAGUUAAUGUAAAGCCUAUUGAUGAUGAAACUCCGUCCAUCAGCCUGCCCACAGGAACAAUUGGGUCCCACAUGGACGUCCUGGAAAAUGGAGUGGCAGAAAUAACAACAAAUGUAAUUCAAGGCCAUGAUGAUGACACUGAUGACUUCCGGCUUACAUUUAUUGUGGAAGAUCCUCCAGUAUUUGGGGACAUUUUAGUCAAAGGAGUGCCGGCGACAAGGUUUACACAGGCCGACAUAAUUAAUGGAGUAGUUGUGUAUGCGCACACAGGUGGCGAGAUAGGUCUUAUCUCUCAGCAAGAUGGAUUUAAUUUGACCCUCACCGACAUGUCUGAUGAUUGGACAGUAGGGGGCAAUAAGGUCAGUGGAGUCCAUAUUCGAGUCACCGUCCUGCCUGUUGACAAUCAGGCCCCUGAAGUUGGAGUUGGGCUCCAGUUCAGCAUUAUUGAGGGAGAGAAAUAUGGAAUCGGCCCUCAGCACUUGUACGCUGAUGAUAAUGACACUCCAACAGAUGAUAUCCUUUGCACCAUCAUUGUUCAGCCCUCCACAGGCUAUGUGGAAAAUAUAUCCCCAGCUCCAGGCUCAGAAAAGUCAAGGUCAGGAACAGCUAUCAGUGCAUUCACCAUCAGAGACAUAAGGGAGGGAAAUAUUUUCUAUGUGCAGAGCAUUCAUAAGGGUGUUGAGCCACUGGAGGAUCGGUUCACAUUUAGGUGCUCUGAUGGCAUCAAUUUCUCAGGGAACAAUUUAUUUCCAAUCAUAAUCAUCCCUACAAAUGAUGAAAAGCCAGAGAUUUACUUGGGGGAGAUAGUUUUGAUGGAGGGGAUGAACAUUAUCAUCGACUCCUCAAUUUUGAAUGGAGCUGACGCCGACGUUCCACCCGAGGAGCUGAUGUUCAUCAUUUCCAAACCUCCUAAACAUGGUGCUAUUUUAAAUCAGCUAUCCACAGGCUCUGUUUUGGUGUCUAACUUCACCUUAGAACAGAUUAUAGAGGCAUCAGGUAUAAUUUAUGAACAUGAUGACUCAGAGACUACAGAGGACAGAUUUGAUAUCAUUUUGACAGAUGGAAAGUACUCUGUGCAGAAAACAGCUGUUAUCAUGAUCAUCCCUGUUGAUGAUGAGACCCCCAGAAUGGCUAUCAAUGAUGGCCUGGAGGUUGAACUCGGCGAGACGAAAGAGAUUAACAAUAAAGUUCUCAAAGCAACAGAUUUAGAUUCAGAAGACAGCACACUAACAUAUAUCAUCCGAUUUGGGCCUGGUCAGGGAAUAUUACAGAGAAAAAACCCAUCCAGGUCUCUUGAGAACAUUACAGUCGGCAUGAAUUUCACACAAUCUGAAAUUGACCUAGGACUCAUACAGUACACACACAAUGGACAAGAGGGCAUCCGAGAUUUAGUUAAAUUCGAUGUGACUGAUGGAAUAAACUCACUCAUAGAUCGUUACUUCUAUAUCUCUGUGGGCAGCAUUGACAUGGUUUUCCCAGAUGUCAUCAGUAAAGGUGUGUCGUUGAGAGAAGGUGGGAGAGUGACUUUGACCACAGAUCUUCUGAGCACCUCUGACCUUAACAGUCCUGAUGAGAACUUAGUUUUUACUGUCACGCGGGCACCAGUCAGAGGCCACCUGGAGAGCACAGACGCUCCUGGGAUACCCAUUGGAUCUUUUACCCAACUUCAGUUAGCAGGCAGCAAGAUUUUCUACAUUCACACCUCAGAUGAUGAGGUAAAAAUGGACAGUUUUGAGUUUGAAGUGACGGACGGGUACAAUCCCAUUUUCAGAACAUUUCGAAUCUCUAUUGUGGAUGUAGAUAAUAAGAAACCAGUUGUAACCAUUAACGGUCUGGCUGUUACUGAGGGGCAGCUGAAGCUAAUCACACCAUUCGAGCUCACAGCUAAAGAUCAGGACACAGACGAGAAGCUGAUCAAAUUUACAAUCACUCAGUUGCCUUUUCAUGGUAAACUGCUCUACAACCAGUCCACACCUGUCUCCAGCUUCACAAAACAAGACCUCAAUGAAAACCUCAUCAGCUACAAACACGAUGGAACUGAAUCCUCAGAAGACACCUUCUCCUUCACUGUCACUGAUGGCACACACACAGACUUCUAUGUUUUUCCAAACACGGUUUUUGAGACAAGACGCCCUCAGACUAUGAAGAUUACCGUACUGGCAAUAGACAAUGGUGUCCCUCAGAUUGUGGUGAAUAAAGGUGCAACUACUUUGAAGAUUUUGUCCACAGGUCUUUUGGGGUUCCCCAUAACCCCUAAAGUGUUAAGAGCAGAGGACAGGGACAGCAGCCCGGACUCUGUGUUGUUUCAUAUCACUACCCAGCCCAAACACGGUUACAUCGUCAACCUGGGACAUGGAAACAACUCCGUCGAUACAUUCAGUCAAGCCGACAUCGACGAUCUGAACAUCUGCUAUGUGCUGCAGAGUGGUGAAAAUGCUACUUCUGAUGUCUUUCACUUCUUCGUUGAGGACAACAGUAGAAAUUCACUUAAAGGACAGCAGUUCCAUCUGGAUUGGGCCUGGAUCUCUCUGGAGAAAGAGUAUUUUGUCGUGGAUGAGGAGGCCAAAUACUUGGAGGUGGUGCUCCAACGGAGAGGGUACCUGGGAGAAACGUCGUUCAUCGGCAUUGGUACUCAGGAUGGUAGUGCAAGAAGAAAUGAGGACUUCAAGGGAAGGUCUCAAAGGCAAGUGCAGUUUAACCCAGGACAGACAAGGGCGACGUGGCAUGUUCGGAUCCUGACAGACGAGAAGUACGAGCAGGCGGAGACCUUCCAGAUUUUGCUGUCAGAACCAGUGAUGGGAGUGAUGGAGUUUCCUGUCUCUGCAACAGUUGAGAUCCUAGACCCUGAUGAUGAGUCCACUGUGUUCUUUCCUGAACCGAUUCACUCAGUUGAGGAAGACGUAGGGGAGCUUUUCAUCCCCGUGCACCGCAGUGGAGACAUAAGCGAUGAACUGAUGGUGGUCUGCUCCACACAGCAGGGUUCUGCCACUGGAACAAUCCCCACCGCUGUUCUGUCAUACUCGGACUACAUUUCCCGUCCAGAGGGACACGGCAGCGUCCUUCGUUUUGACAAAGGAGAAAGGGAAAAGAUGUGUCGCGUGGUGAUCAUCGAUGACUCUCUGUACGAGGAGGAGGAGAGCUUCAAUGUGACUCUGUCCCUGCCCGUUGGAGGGCGGCUAGGAAUGCACUACCCCACCUCUAAAGUCAGUAUCCUCAAAGAUAUGGAUGACGCUCCUGUGUUUUACUUUGGAGAGGUCCAGUAUCACGUGGAUGAGAGUGCUGGCUUUGUGGAGGUCAAAGUGUGGAGGACAGGAACCGACCUUUCCAAAACUGGGACUGUUACAGUCCGUUCUCGGAAAUCUGAGCGUGCCUCUGCUGAAGCCAGUAUUGACUAUGUUGGCAUAAGCCAUAAUCUGGACUUUGCUCCAGGUGUCAGCAUGCAGACGUUUAAGGUCACGAUUCUGGAUGACAUGGGAAAGCCAGAGCUGGAAGGCGCUGAGAGUUUUGAGCUAGUUCUGAGAAUGCCAGUGAAUGGUGUUCUUGGAGAACCUGGAAAAGCUACAGUCAUCAUCAAUGACUCAGUGUCUGACUUACCAAAGGUCCAGUUUCGUGAAGUGGUUUAUAUUGGGGAGGAGAGUGACGGUCAGAUAACAGCUACAGUGUACCGCAGCGGUGACAUCUGGCACCAAUCCUCUGUUCGCUGUUACUCCCGUCAGGGCUCUGCACAAGUUGCCUAUGACUUUGAGGAGAGACCCAACACAGAUGCUUCCAUCAUCACUUUCUUACCAGGUGAAGUGGAGAAACCGUGUACUCUUUUGUUGGUUGAUGAUACAAUGUAUGAGGAUGUUGAGGAGCUGAGGCUGGUCUUAGGGAAACCAAGAAGCAGCUCACAGUUUGGUGCAUCAGUGGGAUCUCUGAAUGAGUCUCUAGUUAAAAUAAAGGACUCAGCUGACAAACCCAUCAUCCAGUUGUUGGAAACCAGGUUUAGUGUCAGUGAACCGAAGGAAGCUGGUACAGUGGCAACUGUGAGGAUCCCUGUGGUUCGGGUUGGUGACACAUCAAAAGUUUCAUUGGUUCGGGUUCAUACCAAAGAUGGGUCGGCUAUCUCAGGAGCGGAUUAUUACCCGGUUUCUCAAGAUAUUGAGUUUAAACAAGGAGAGAAGCGACACGUCGUAGAGGUGGAGGUGCUGUUUGAUGGUAUCAGAGAAAUGAGGGAGGCUUUUACGGUUCAUCUAAAGCCAGAUGAGAACAUGGUUGCUGAAACUCAGGUGACGAAAGCUAUAGUUUACAUCGAGGAGUCCAACAGCAUGGCUGAUGUCACCUUCCCCUCUUUGCCUCAUGUCGUGUCUCUGCUUCAUUACGAUAAUGUCGCCAGGACAGCGGACAUGCUCCACCCACCAGCUGGCUACCCAGUCAUCUGUGUCACAGCUUGUGACACCAAAUAUCCCGACUAUGACAAGACUGGUUCUAUCUGUGUCAGCGAGCACAUCAACAACACCUUGACCCGCUACCGCUGGCUCAUCAGUUCCCCAGCUGGCCCCAAUGGCGUCACCAGCCCCAUGAGGGAGGUGGACUUUGACACUUUCUUUACCUCCUCAAAGAUGAUUACGCUGGACUCGGUCUACUUCCAGGCAGGUUCGAGGGUGCGGUGCACCGCUCGGGCCGUUAAUUCCAACGGGGAGGAAGGUUUGGAGCUCAGCAGUCCUAUUAUCACCAUCAGCCAGGAGGAAGGUAUGUGUCAGCCUCGUCAGAUGGGAAUUGUGGGUGCUGAACCUUUCUCUGCCAAGCUGCGCUACACCGGAGCAGACGACCCAAAACACCCUAACCUCAUCAAAGUGACCAUUACCAUGCCUCACAUAGAUGGUAUGCUUCCUGUGAUCUCCACUCGGCCCCUCACAAACUUUGAUCUGACUCUCAGUCCGGAUGGAACCCGAGUCGGAAACCACCGCUGCUCAAAUUUGCUUGACUUCAAUGAGGUCACAACAGGUCACGGCUUCAUCACGGCUUUGACACACAGCCCCGAGAGCAUGGCGGAGUCUGCGCCCUACCAGUUCAGUGGCUCUUUGCGGGGGAACAGCACGCUUCGCUUCUACAAGAACCUGAACCUGGAAGCAUGUCUGUGGGAGUUCAGCAGCUACUACCACAUGUCUGAGCUGCUUACAGAUUGUGGAGGAACAAUAGGCACGGAUGGACAGGUUCUGAACCUGGUCCAAUCAUACGUGACGCUCCGUGUGCCUCUUUACGUGUCUUAUGUGUUCCAUUCACCACUUGGCACGGGGGGUUGGCAGCACUUUGACCUCCAGUCAGAGCUUCGCCUUACUUUUGUUUAUGACACCGCCAUUCUGUGGAAGGAUGGCAUCGGGAGCCCCCCGCAAGCAGAGCUGCAGGGAUCGUUGUAUCCUACCAGCAUGCGCAUUAAUGAGCAGGGACGUUUGGUGGUGAAUUUCCGCACCAAAGCUCAUUUCAGGGGACUGUUUAUUGAGUCUCAUUCUAAGGACAGAAUAACCAGAACUGCAACAUCUCUGUUAUCCACUGUGAUGAGCGAAGACCACCCUGGCCUUAUAUUCAACCUCACCUUAGUGAGGAGUGAGCCCACCUACAACCAGCCUGUGCAGCAAUGGACAUUCAUCUCCGAUUUUGCUGUCAGAGAUUAUUCUGGAACAUACACGGUGAAGCUGAUCCCCUGUACAACAUCUCAGAACAUAGAAUACACUGUUCCGCCUAUCUGCAGUCCCAGACAGGCUCUUACAUUCGACCUUGACAUCAGAUUUCAACAAGUGAGCGACCCAGUUGCAGUGGAAUUCAGUCUGAACACUCAGAUGUUCUUGCUGUCUAAGAGGAAUCUCUGGCUUUCUGAUGGCUCUAUGGGUUUUGCUCAGGAGAGUGAUGUUGCCUUUUCUGAAGGUGAUACAAUAUACGGCCGAGUCAUGGUGGAUCCAGUGCAGAAUCUGGGAGAUUCUUUCUUCUGCAGCAUAGAAAAAGUGUUUCUCUGUGCUGGAGCUGACGGCUAUGUACCCAAAUAUAACCCAACAAAGUUUGAAUUCGGCUGUCUGGCUGAUUCUCCAACAUUGCUGUACAGAUUCAAAAUACUUGACAAGGCCCAGCCAGAGACUCAGACACGUGAGUUCAGAGAUGUCAGCUUUAAUGCAGUGCUGGCAGUAGACGACCCAUCAGCUUUAUCUCUUGUCAGACAACCAGGAUCAGAUGGCUUUAGACUCGACUCUACAGCCAUGUUCCAGGUUGCUGCAGGGCGUGAGUGGUAUAUACACACUAUUUACACUGUUCGUUCCAAAGAAAACACCAACAGGGGCAUUGGGAAACGCAGUCUGGAGUACCACUCUUUUGUUUCCACCCUGACAUCAUCAAGCGAAAAAGGCCAUCGCAGGAGAAGGGCUGCCAGUGAGGAAAUCAGCGCCAUCGCCGAGGAUAUUGGAAUAGAUAACAGCCGAGGGACCAACAUCAUGCAUAUUGCUUUGGACCGCACAAAGAGAAGGUCCAAGGGAUCGCCUGAGCUGUUCUCGGGUGGAAGAGAACUUAGUAAGCUGAACACUGAUGAUCAGGAGGAAAAUCUAGUGAGCAUAGUGGGGGCGCUGGUGGGGCUGCUACUGACAGUCCUCAUUAUUGUCACCAUUACGCUGGUGCUGAGAUCCAGACAGAAGGAGGGGAAGGAGGUAUGGAGUGAGGGGGUGCAGGAGGUGGUGAAAGGGUCCGUCAGCACUGAACCCAUGCUGGUGGUGAGAAUGCAAGACUGCCACAACAGCUCUGAGGUCUGAGCAGCGAUAUGCAUGGACCGGACAGAUGGACAUAGGGGAUAUAUGGGGGUUUUAUAUGUUCUUUUUUUUUUUUCCUGAGUUGGUUUCACAACACCAAAAAAUUACAUUGAGCAAAUGCAUUACUGAGUGUGUCUGUUAAUGUACUGCAUUCAUUCAAGGGCACUCAUUACAGCACUAUGCUAUGUAUUUAUUUAUCACUACAGCUUUGACUGAUGGUACCAUGCUAUUCCCAGUUUCAGGAUAAUGGCUUAAAGUGCCUGAAGUAACUUCAGGACAUUAAACUCCAGUUUCCAUAGAAAAGGUCAAACAUGCAUUGGUCUAAGUAGAAUGGAAGUUAAGCCAGUAUGUGGUUUUGUAUAACCUUCAGCAAAAAUUUGAAGAUUUCACAUUAUCAGAAUUUUAAUGAAAAGGUUUAAAUGCUCCUUUUUUGCCUGCUUUGAUAACCGUAUGUCUUUGAACAUGUUAGGUUAUGACAUGUUUACAUGACUACUUGAAGUGCUGUUCAGGGAUGCACAUACAGUAUAAACCGAUAAACUUUAGCUGUGGCUUUUGCAGUGAAAGAACACCUGUUUCGGCUGGAAACAUUCCCGUGAUUAGUUGAUUCUUUUUCAUAGUUAAACAGACAAACUGCUCUGAGAUGAAUUGAAAGCACUGCUGUGAGAAGAUCAGAUUUUGAAAUAAUAAUGAUUCACCCUUAUGCCCUUUGUCACUGGAUAAGAUCCUGUGUUUUUCAUCCCUGACUGCAUUUUACAAUAACAGAAAACUGUUGCUAAAGAAUUGGUGAAACACGCAAUGGAGCCCUCAGACAUUGAACCAUUGAAAAUGCAGAUUAAUAUUGACUCACAUUACAGUCAUGUGUCACCCUAAUAAU